CACGUAAACAGAGGAACAGGGAAUUGAGGAGGAACGACGAAUCGAUAAUAGUUGGAGAUAAGAGUGUAAUAAUUUUAAACCGACCUAAGGAAUUAUGCCAUAAAUUUAUCCAUGAUCCAAAAAAUAUGGUAUAUUCCAUUCUUAACCAAUGGGAAUUUUCAAAGAAGUUGGUAAUAAUAGAAGGUACGAGUGAAAAAGCGUUUUGUGCGGGUGGUGACGUUAAAUCGCUUGCCUUGGCAUUGAGUGAAACAAAAGACCUUUAUUUGAUUGAAGAAACAUUUAGACAAGGCUAUAUCUUAAAUCAUUUAAUCGGAACAUAUAACAAAUCUUAUAUUGCUAUCAUCAAUGAGAUAACAAUGGAAGGCGGCGUAGGAUUAUUUGGCAAAUAUAGAAUUGCUACGGAAAAAUCUCUCUGUGCUAUUCCAGAAAUGGCAAUAGGAUUAUUUCCCGAUAAUGGUGCGACUUAUUUCUUGUCCAGACUGAAAGUGUCGACGUUCUCUUUGCUGGAAUCGCCACGCAUUUUGUGCCAUCAGAAAAACUCACGGAUUUUCAGACUGGGCACAAAAAACAUAGAUGUACUAUUCAAAAUGUCUCCGUCUUCUCUCAAAAUCACCAAAAGAGCGAUCGAUGAAGGAAAAGAAAAAUCCUUAACGGAUUGUUUAAAUAUUAAGUUUAGAUUGGUUUGUACUGCUCUGAUCAGAGACGAUGAUUUCUAUAAAGGUGUCAGAGUUUUCUUAAUCGACAAAGAUCGGAAACCAUUAUGGAAGCAUCUUUGCCUGAUGUAACGAAUGAAUAUUUAAAUAAACGAUUCGCAGUACUCCCUGUGAAGAAAGCA